UGUCAGUUUCUGGUGGAUGAAGAUGCGCUAUUCGAUGCUUCACAUCCGAGGCAGAAGUGUGACGCACAGAUCGGGGGGCUCAACUUCAAACAUCGAGCAGACCACGACCAUGCUUGCAGGAGGUGUCUGCAACCCUCCACUGCAAUGAUCCCAUUCGACAAAGCAGAAAAGAAGGUUACAGGUGGGGCGUGGCUCCAUAUCUCGCUGAACUAUCUCUAGCAGGCUCCAACAAAUACCACAAAAACACAUUUAGCAGCUUUGUCGUCUGAAAGGUACAAAUGGACCAAAAAAGGAUUCGGAUUCUGGUGAUCCUGGUGUUUUUUCGAGAAAUGACCUCAGGAGCUGGUGAAGAUAUGAUUGCGAAGGAAGGGCAGUCGGUUGAAAUCAACUGUAAGCCUCAAGAAACGGGCACCAUGGUUGUCUGGUUUCGCGUUCUUGACUCAUCUGGCAUGGAAUUCAUUGCAUCUUUCAGCAACAAUGGUGUUCUGAAGUCACCCAAAGCCUCCUUUCCCGACAUCUUUAGACACUCAAAUAGUCGGCCAGAUAUUCUGACACUGGUGUCCUUCAACAAAGCUAGGGACGCAGGCGUUUACAACUGCGCAUCCCUCUUCAAAGGUACUGAGCUGAAAUUUGGCAGGCCAACCCGACUGCUCGGAGUCCAAGUUGCAGUACCAGCACCACAGCCCACUGCUGCCAGAAAAGAUCCGUGCACAACUGCCACACCUUGUGUUUGCAACAUCAAUACAAAGCAAAUUGAAACCAGUCCUCAAAUGUUUUGCUCUCUAAUCAUACUGGGCCCUCUGGCUGGUGGCUGCGGCCUUCUUCUGCUACUCCUCAUCAUCACCAUCCUAUACUGCAACCGAAUAAGAACACGGAGAUGCCCACACCAUUACAAAAGAAAACAGCGGAUGGCGGCUCCUGGGAAUCAAAAGAUGACCAACAGACACAUUUAAUCUAAAUGAUGCACUUUCACAGAAAUUUCAUACAAAGGCAAUCAUAUUACCAUCUCACGUUUCUGUUGCGGAAAUCAUUUUUCAUCUCAUUCACAGUUUAAUCACAUUUAUGGGGAAUAUUUUAUUGCCAACUUAAAACGUUCUCAUUGUUUGUGAUGGAAAAAAAUGCAAAUUGUUUUAACUGCAAUGUUGUUUGAUUGAGGAUAAUGCUGCGUUAUCACACUGAGAUUGAAAUCUUUUAAAGAAAUUAUGAUAUGAAAUGUCUAUUUAUCCAGUCCCUGUGAAUUUUAGAUACUAGAAACCAAUAAAGCCCUGAGAAUAAAAA